AUGUCCAUAAUGAGCCAGUCUGGCUCCAACCCCCGUGUCACCUCCUGCUCCAGGGGGAACACGCUGAAGAACAUCGAGAAGGAAUGCAACGCCAAGAUCAUGAUCAGGGGCAAGGGCUCGGUGAAGGAGGGCAAGGUGGGCCGCAAGGACGGGCAGAUGCUGCCGGGCGAGGACGAGCCCCUGCACGCCCUGGUCACCGCCAACACCAUGGAGAACGUCAAGAAAGCCGUGGAGCAGAUCAGGAACAUCCUGAAGCAGGGCAUCGAGACCCCCGAGGACCAGAACGACCUGCGCAAGAUGCAGCUGCGGGAGCUGGCGCGGCUCAACGGGACCCUGCGGGAGGAUGACAACCGGAUCCUGAGGCCGUGGCAGAGCACCGAGACUCGCAGCAUCACCAACACCACGGUGUGCACCAAGUGCGGCGGCGCCGGGCACAUCGCCUCCGACUGCAAGUUCGCCAGGUGAGCUCCAGAGUGAGCCCCAGAUCC